UGUAGAAUCUAUUUUCCUUUCAACAACAUUCCCAUGUCACAUUUAGAAUUAGUAACACUAUGCUUUAAACCCUAAUUAUAUAUAUACCACUCUACCAUACAAUAGUUACAUGAUUCCCGUAUAUUAGUCAGAAUAGAACACUUAAGAUUUAUGGUCUCCAUCACAUGUUUAUGCUCUCAACCAUAAACCCUAAUUAUACCCUACCAUGCAAUAAUUACUUUUUCCCCAAUUUCAGAUCCACUUAAACCCUAUGUCAUCCUCUCCUUAUUGCUGCACCAUUGAAUCACAGUGCACAAAGAUAUUCAUUUAAAAUGUAAAGAUGCUCCCUACAGUGAGUUUACUACCCUAUAAAUGCAGAAUUCAAUUUCCUCAUUGUCACCAUCAUAUAUUGUUUACGUUAACUAACUAAGAUACUCUCCCACUUCAUCCAUUCCAAUUGAUUCCAUGGCACCACCCCCUCCCACUUCAGAGCCAAAUUCCUCCACCGUGCAGAAAGUGAAAAGCAACUUGGUGUUACGUUCAAAAUGGGCCGAACUCAACGGCGCCAUGGGUGACCUAGGCACAUACAUACCCAUAGUUUUGUCCCUAACCCUAGCCAAGAACCUAAACCUCGGCACCACAUUGAUCUUCACCGGCAUGUACAACAUCAUCACCGGUGCCAUCUACGGCGUCCCCAUGCCCGUCCAGCCCAUGAAGUCCAUCGCCGCCGUCGCCCUCGCCGACCCCUCCUUCUCCGUGCCGGAGAUCAUGGCCUCCGGCAUCCUCACCGGAGCAACCUUGCUCGUGCUCGGCGUCACGGGCCUCAUGCAGCUCGUUUACAAGCUCAUUCCCCAAUGCGUUGUGAGGGGGAUUCAGCUUGCACAAGGCUUGUCCUUCGCGUUAACCGCGGUUAAGUACGUGAGGAAAGUGCAGGAUUUGCCUAAGUCCAAGUCAUUGGACCAACGGCACUGGCUUGGGUUUGAUGGAUUGGUUCUUGCCAUAGUAUGUGUUUGCUUUAUUGUUAUAAUAAAUGGUGCUGGCGAUGACCAGCACCAUGAUGACGAACAAGAAUCAAUCCAUCAAACCCAAGUCCAAAGUAGAGUGAGAAGAGCGAAAAGAGUUAUUUUUGCUCUUCCUUCUGCUUUCUUGGUGUUUGUGUUGGGUGUGGUUUUGGCUUUUGUAAGAAGGCCUAGAGUGGUUCAUGAGAUUAAAUUUGGACCCUCUUCUAUAGAGGUGGUGAAAAUGUCUAGACAUGCAUGGAAGCAAGGUUUCAUAAAGGGCACAAUUCCUCAGCUUCCAUUGUCCCUUUUGAACUCAGUGAUAGCCGUUUGCAAGCUCUCAUCAGAUUUGUUCCCGGGGAAGGAUUUUUCAGUGACAUCACUCUCAGUGACUGUGGGGUUGAUGAACCUUGUGGGAGGGUGGUUUGGGGCCAUGCCAUGUUGCCAUGGGGCUGGUGGGCUUGCAGGGCAAUACAAAUUUGGAGGGAGGAGUGGGGGGUGUGUGGCACUUCUUGGUGCUGCUAAAUUGGUUUUAGGGUUUGUGUUGGGAAGUUCUUUGGCUCACUUUUUCAACCAGUUUCCGGUGGGGAUAUUAGGAGUGUUGCUGUUGUUUGCUGGGAUUGAACUAGCCAUGGCUUCUAGGGACAUGAAUACUAAGGAAGAUUCCUUUGUGAUGCUUGUUUGUACUGCGGUUUCGUUGGUGGGGUCCAGUGCUGCUCUUGGCUUUUUGUGUGGAAUGAUUAUUUUCGUGCUUCUUAGGCUCAGGGAUUGGAUCAAUGGCAAACCGAUUAAUGCAAUUUGGAAGCAUGAAGGCCCUGAUGAACAAGUUUGAAUGAAGGAAGAAUUAAUUAAGAGAAUAUAUAUAUGUAUACCCACCAUGGCAUAUCCAAUGUUAUUGCUUGCUUAUUGUAAUGGCUUUUUAGUGUCUUCUAUAGUGUAAUGACUUGCAAUAAUUGUCUCGCAUGCAAGUUUCUUUUUGUUGUCAAUUCUCUUCUGGGAUUUGAUUGUGAAAUGGAGCUUCACCCUUGUCUUGUAUUUCUAAAAGUUAUGUAAGCAUGUAUAUAUGAAUUUAUAUAUAUUUAGCAUGAACUUCAAUUUUUGCUGCCUGCUGCAUAUGGUAA